AUGUGUCAAUGGAUAAGCAAAGUUAAUAAAGAUCUAUUUCAACGAAAAAUACCCAGAAAGUCACACCCAAUUAGAUGUGAAUUUAAAACUCUUACAGAUGUUCAAAUCAAUUUGUUUUUAAAAUUAGAUCCAGUAGAACCUUCAGAAUAUGCUAUGAAAAAAAAAUUUUCAAAUCAAUACCCAGCAACUAUUGCAUCUAUGUUAAGAUUAAUAAAGAAGUAUCAUUAUUGGCCUAAAAAUAUUUCUAAUGAUAUUACGGAUAUACUUGAAGAUACAUAUGGAUUAUCUAUUAGUCAAGUUUGCAAAAUGAAUAAUGUUAACUUAACU